GCCUGCGUGAGGCGCAGAGGGGACGGGGUCGGACUCAGAAAUGGCGGCCUCCAUGUUCUACAGCCGGCUGUUGGCUGCCGCCGCCCUUAGGAGCCACCGGCCCCGGAUAGCGCUGGGGGCUGCCGUCCAGGUUCUGGGAAAUUCUGGAUUGCUUAAUAACCAUGGACUUCAAGUACAGCAGCAACAACAAAGGAAUCUCUCACUACAUGAAUACAUGAGUAUGGAAUUGUUGCAAGAAGCUGGUGUCUCUAUUCCCAAAGGAUUUGUGGCAAAGUCAUCAGAUGAAGUUUAUGCAAUCGCCAAAAAAUUAGGUUCAAAAGAUGUUGUGAUAAAGGCACAAGUUUUAGCUGGCGGUAGAGGAAAAGGUACAUUUGAAAGUGGCCUCAAAGGAGGAGUGAAGAUUGUUUUCUCCCCAGAAGAAGCAAAAGCUGUUUCCUCACAGAUGAUUGGGAAAAAGUUAUUUACCAAGCAAACAGGAGAAAAGGGCAGAAUAUGCAAUCAAGUAUUGGUCUGUGAGCGAAAAUAUCCCAGGAGAGAAUACUACUUUGCAAUAACGAUGGAAAGGGCAUUUCAAGGUCCUGUGUUAAUAGGAAGUUCACAAGGUGGUGUUAACAUUGAAGAUGUUGCUGCUGAGAGCCCUGAAGCCAUAGUUAAAGAACCUAUUGAUAUUGUAGAAGGCAUCAGAAAGGAACAAGCUGUCCGGCUUGCACAGAAGAUGGGAUUUCCACCUAAUCUUGUGGAUUCUGCUGCAGAAAACAUGAUCAAGCUUUAUAACCUUUUUCUGAAAUAUGAUGCAACUAUGGUAGAAAUAAAUCCAAUGGUAGAAGAUUCAGAUGGAGCUGUGCUGUGUAUGGAUGCAAAGAUCAAUUUUGAUUCUAAUUCAGCCUAUCGCCAAAAGAAAAUCUUUGACCUUCAGGACUGGACCCAGGAAGAUGAAAGGGACAAAGAAGCAGCUAAGGCAGAUCUCAACUACAUUGGCCUUGAUGGAAAUAUAGGCUGCUUGGUAAAUGGUGCUGGUUUGGCUAUGGCCACAAUGGAUAUAAUAAAACUUCAUGGAGGAACUCCAGCCAACUUUCUAGAUGUUGGUGGUGGUGCCACGGUCCAUCAAGUAACAGAAGCAUUUAAACUCAUCACUUCAGACAAAAAGGUACAGGCUAUUCUGGUCAACAUUUUUGGAGGAAUCAUGCGAUGUGAUGUUAUUGCACAGGGUAUAGUCAGAGCAGUAAAAGAUUUGGAAAUUAAAAUACCUGUUGUGGUACGGUUACAAGGUACACGAGUUGAUGAUGCUAAGGCACUGAUAGCAGACAGUGGACUUAAAAUUCUUGCUUGUGAUGACUUGGAUGAAGCUGCUAGAAUGGUUGUGAAGCUCUCUGAAAUAGUGACCUUAGCUAAGCAAGCUCAUGUGGAUGUGAAAUUUCAGUUGCCAAUCUGAUCCAAGAACCCAGUGGAUGGUGGACUAUGUUAAAUGUGCUAUAAUCUUAAAAAUACCGUGUUCUGUGUUUUUGUCCGUAUUCUUUUAGUGUGUGAAGAAUAUAAUAGCCAGUAAGCACACGAACCUUGGAAAGCAUUAGGUCUGCAUUUAAUUCUACUGUUCAGAUGUGUAGUUUGUAUAAAAAAAAGUAUAAUGCAAAUUUCUAGUUUCUUUUGUUGCAGACAUCUUUUUUGCUUCUCCUACAGAAUGUCACUUGCAGUAUGCUUGUUUAUUGUUUUGGAUACAAAGUUUUUCAUUGAAACGAGUCCUAUAAAUAAAUAAAUAUAAAAGCAAAGCUUUAUUCUUUAGUAUUAAAAUAUAUCUAAUAUCUAGCUUCACUGGAGAGCAGUAUGUUAAAAAUGUUUUAUAUAAGAAGUAAAAGUUUAUCUUCAUCACCAAAUAUGUAAUAAAUGUAUCAGUCACUAUUUAUAAACAGAGCUUUCAAACACUCCUUAGAAUAUUCUUUUAAGUAUUUCAGUGAGGUAAAUGUUAAUUAUUAAACAUUGUUUUAAUCAAAACAAAACACUGAUAACUGCAAGUCUUCAUGGUUCUGUGGUUUUAAAAGAUACCCACAGGUUUGUUAUCAAAUGAAGGUAUAUUUGCUAAGGACUUGAUAGACAAAAUUAAGAAUGUCAAUUUUAAGUUAAUAAAAAUUUCCCA